AUGUCGUGUAGAUUGAAGAAAUGCGUGCGCCAGGGCGGCCAAGGGUAGGUUGAAGAGGGCAGACAGCCGUGUAACGUCCUCGGAGGGCCUUUUCUACGAUGCAGGCGGAAAAAGUGAAUGCGAUAGGACACAGGCGCGUGAGUGCGGCAAGCGAAAGCCACGAAAAGGGCGUCGAGCAGUUGGAACCGGGAGGAAGGAUCUCGACGACACCAAAAUGCGAGGGAGGAGGACGUAUGGCGGCAGAGAUUCGUUCGGCCGGCGAUCGUCUGGGGUUUUUUUUUCCGCAGUGGGCGGCGGGUGGUGGGCGGUGGGCGGUAGAGGUGAGGAUGAUGAGGUCGUGGUCGUGAAUCGAUCGCUUGGGGAUUGGGGGAAGUGGAAGAUCUGGGACCGCGUGCUGAGAGAUGACCUCGGGCGGGUACUUUUCAGCACUGGGGCAAGGCUGGGAGCCGAUGCUGGAGCGGGUGCGGGUGCUGGUGCUGGUGCUGGGCUGCUAGACCAGAAAAUGCGUGAUCACUCAGGGGCAGCAACGCCACGUGCGGGCAGCCUCAAGUCGGGUAUGAGGCAGAGGGGAUCGGGGAUAUGGAUAUGA